UGUUGUUUUUUUUAUGUCCCAGAAUCCCCAAACUUCCAGCUCUGGCUCUGCACUUGUUAGUGAGCUUGACUUCUGCUGGCCACCUCCUAGAUAGGUUUCCUUCAGUUCAGAGCUCAAAUGGUUACCGUGCUUCUCCUUCAGAAUGAGAAGAUGCAUUACACACAGUCGCAUGUAUUCUCCAGGCUACUGAGGCUAUAGUACACAGUGUGUGUGGAUCCCUCAGCAUCAGAGGCGGUAGUAGGCUAGCUAGUGCAGAUUUGACGCGCGCUCAGUACAGCACAGGAAGGGAUGGUUACUGUACUUCAUUCAAAAAGAAGCUCACGACAGCAAUCAAAGCAGGAUGCAUUUCACAUAAACGAUGCCAUUACACUGCUCCAGCUGCCGGCGAAUAUGAUAUGAUGGCGAUCUCCUCUGGGGGACAGACUGUGGUCCAUUAGUGCGGCUGGAUGUCUCGUUAGUGCGCCAGAUGUCCAAAUGGACCUCUCUGAAAGCACGCGCCCGCGCACAGAGAAAGUGAAGAUCAAGAUGAAUCUUAUACUCGUUUCUGACCGUACAAACCAGGCACACUGACCCUUGUCGCGCGUUUUAGUCAUUAUGACACGAUAUUCCGGUUUAUUUUGAACAGUUAUCUGGUGUGCUUUCUUUUCAUCAGCCGGGUGUUUGUUGUUGAUGUGUAGCACGCAUCGCUUUGCAACGCCCAUGAUCUUCUCAACCCGAGGAGGGAGAUACAAACGGGGUGAAACUUCUGAGCAUCAUCUGUAGGCGUCUGUCACCACGUGGACUUGGAUGUGAUCUGUGAAGGGUUUUUUGGACUGACAAGACGAGAUGAGCGAUGCCAUAGAUGACUCCGGUAUCAUGCGCAGGCGGAGGAUGCAGAAGGAUCUUCCCCUGCCCAGGAAGAGCAGUGGCUGUCGCACCAGUAACCGCAAGAGUCUGAUCUUGACGAGUACGUCUCCGACUCUUCCCCGGCCUCACUCUCCUCUGCCGGGACACAUCGGAAGCAGUCCGCUGGACAGUCCUAGGACGUUCUCCCCCAGCGCACCGGCCCAUUUCUCUUUCGCAUCAUCCAGAAGGGCUGAUGGCAGACGCUGGUCUCUGGCCUCUCUUCCCUCCUCUGGAUAUGGGACAAACACACCCAGCUCAACGUCUUCCAGCUCGUCUCAGGAGCGGCUGCAUCAGUUGCCGUUCCAGCCCACCCUGGACGAGCUGCACUUCCUGUCCAAACACUUCGGCAGCACUGAGAGCAUCACUGAUGAUGAUGGACGGAGAUCACCGCAGGUGCGACCGCGCUCACGCAGUCUCAGUCCGGGGCGAUCGCCUUCCUGUUACGACAAUGAGAUUGUUAUGAUGAACCAUGUUUAUAAGGAGCGGUUCCCUAAGGCCAGGGCUCAGAUGGAGGAGCGCUUGGCUGAGUUCAUCGAGGCGUACUCACCUGAGAACGUGCUGCCGCUGGCUGACGGGGUCCUCAGCUUCAUCCACCACCAGAUCGCCGAGCUGUCCCGAGACUGCCUGACCAAAUCUCGUGAAGGCCUCAUCUCCACCGUCUACUUCUACGAGCUGCAGGAAAACCUUGAGAAGCUGCUACAUGAGGCCUAUGAGCGAUCAGAGAGCUCAGAGCUGACCUUCAUCGCAGAGCUGGUGAAGAAACUCUUCAUCAUCAUCUCCCGUCCUGCCCGACUGCUUGAAUGUCUGGAGUUUAACCCUGAAGAGUUUUACCACCUUCUGGAGGCAGCAGAAGACCACGCUAAAGAGGGCCAGCUGAUGAAAGCAGACAUCCCGCGAUACAUCAUCAGCCAGCUCGGCCUGACCAGAGACCCUCUGGAAGAAAUGGUGAAUUUGGAGAGUUAUGACAGCGAGGGACCCCACACGCCAGAGACGGACGACUCUGCUGAAGGGAAGCUCAAGGCCAUCAAAGCGCCCUGUGAAUCAGACUUCCAGACUAUCAAACUCAUCAGCAAUGGAGCGUAUGGAGCUGUGUAUUUAGUCCGACACCGAGAGACUCGGCAGCGCUUUGCUAUGAAGAAGAUCAACAAACAAAACCUGCUCCUGAGGAACCAGAUCCAGCAGGCGUUCGUGGAGCGGGACAUCCUGACCUUCGCCGAGAACCCCUUUGUGGUCAGCAUGUUCUGCUCUUUUGAGACGCGCCGUCACCUGUGUAUGGUUAUGGAGUAUGUGGAGGGCGGUGACUGUGCAACGCUGCUAAAGAAUAUCGGAGCACUUCCUGUGGAAAUGGCCCAGAUGUACUUUGCCGAAACCGUUUUAGCGCUGGAGUACAUUCAUAAUUAUGGCAUCGUACACCGAGACCUGAAACCAGACAAUCUGCUGAUCACGUCGAUGGGUCACAUUAAGCUGACAGAUUUUGGCUUGUCAAAGAUGGGACUCAUGAAUCUCACCACUAACCUGUUUGAGGGACACAUAGAAAAGGACGCCAGGGAGUUCCUGGACAAACAGGUGUGUGGCACGCCGGAGUAUAUCGCCCCGGAGGUCAUUCUCAGGCAGGGCUAUGGGAAACCAGUGGACUGGUGGGCCAUGGGUAUCAUCCUCUACGAAUUCCUAGUGGGCUGCGUGCCGUUCUUCGGAGACACGACUGAAGAGCUCUUUGGUCAGGUGAUCACAGAUGAUAUUGAGUGGCCUAAGGGAGACGAGGCACUGCCUAGUGAAGCUCAGAGCCUGAUCUCUGCCCUGCUGCAAACCAACCCACUAGUGCGACUGGGUACAGGUGGAGCGUUUGAAGUAAAGCAGCACUCGUUUUUCUUGGGAUUGGACUGGAAUGGUUUACUCCGACAGAAGGCCGAGUUUAUCCCUAAUCUAGAGUCUGAGGAGGACACCAGCUAUUUCGACACACGGUCCGAGCGUUAUCGGCACAUCAACUCCUACGACGAGGACGACACCAAUGACGAUGAGCCAGUAGAGAUAAGACAGUUCUCCUCCUGCUCGCCGCGCUUCAGCAAGGUGUAUAGCAGCAUGGAGCACCUGUCCCAGCUGGAGCAGAAGACACCUGUAGUAACCCGUCGAGAGCACAAAGGUCGCCGUGAUGACAAGACGGCCAAGCGGGAGAGUCUGGGAAGCUUGAGGGACAAGAGCUGGAGGACAGGCUCACCUGAGAUGAAGCGUCUAUCAUACUCUGAGUCUUUGUAUAUGGACGGAGAUUACAGUCCUCCUAUGGGUGCCCGGCGCCGUUUUUCCGCCCUAAUGGACACCCACAGGUUUGCCGCUACUCAAGAGGGCGAUGGAGAGCUCUCAGAAAAACAGGGUGCUGCUAAAACCUCGGCAUCAUUAGUAGAGGGAGCCACCACACCGUCAUCGCCAAGUGCUAAUGAACAGAGGAAUGCUGGAAAGGAAGUUAUGUCGGCAAGUAAAGGGGCAGACAAGCCACUGAGACCAGGUGAGAUAUCAGCACCAAAGGCUAUACCAGGAGCCAUAGCAGUGGUUGGUAGGGACGGGGUGGCCAUGGGUGACACCGUCGGACAGCGAGCGACCAAAGAUCUGGUGCUUCGGCAAGCGCGUCACCAGCAGCUGUCAAGCGAUGGGGAGAAACGCACCUCACGUCCCAGCAACAAGGUCAUCAAAUCUGCAUCUGCCACCGCUUUGUCUGUCAUCAUACCCGGAGUUGAGCAGCACGGUAGUUCUCCACUGGCCAGUCCAAUGUCCCCACGCUCUCUCUCAUCCAACCCCUCAUCACGAGACUCCUCUCCCAGCCGUGAUUACUGCCCCACUGUAACGGUGCUUCGUUCACCAAUUACUAUCCACCGCUCUGGCAAAAAGUAUGGGUUCACACUCCGUGCCAUUCGGGUCUACAUUGGAGACACUGACAUCUAUAGUGUGCACCACAUAGUCUGGCAUGUGGAGGAUGGAGGCCCUGCUCAGGAGGCGGGACUAUGUGCUGGUGACCUCAUCACUCAUGUCAACGGUGAAUCUGUGCAUGGAUUGGUCCAUACCGAGGUGGUAGAGCUUAUACUUAAGAGUGGAAACAAGGUAACUGUGACCACAACACCUUUUGAAAACACAUCCAUUAAAGUGGGACCAGCACGCAAGUCCAGUUGCAAGUCCAAGAUGGCUAGACGCAGUAAGAGGACAGUCAAAGAGGGACAGGAGAGUAAGAGGCGUGGGUCUUUGUUCCGCAAAAUAACUAAGCAAUCCAACUUGCUGCAUACGAGCCGUAGCCUGUCAUCUCUAAACCGGUCCCUGUCAUCCAGCGAUAGUCUUCCUGGCUCUCCGACACACAGCCUGUCCGGUCACUCCCCUACCCAGAGCUACCGCUCAACCCCUGAGUCAUCCCACCUUGGUGCCUCCUCCCAGAGCAGUUCUCCUGCCUCCAGUGCCCCGAAUUCCCCCGCAACAACCCAGCAUAUGAGACCCAGCUCCCUGCAUGGACUUUCCCCCAAACUACACCGCCAAUACCGUUCAGCCCGCUGCAAGUCAGCAGGCAACAUUCCUUUGUCUCCAUUGGCUCAUACACCAUCCCCAACUCAGUCCUCACCACCUCCUUUGCCUGGGCACACAGUCGGGAGCUCCAACACCACCCAAACCUUUCCUGCCAAACUACACUCAUCUCCACCAAUCAUAAGGCCUAGACCCAAGAGUGCUGAGCCACCCAGAUCACCACUACUCAAAAGAGUGCAGUCAGCAGAGAAACUUGGGUCACCUCUUUCAUCUUCAUCUGAUAAGAAAGGUGGGAUUGGGUUGAUGAGGAAGCACAGUUUGGAGGUUGGACAUUCAGAUUAUCGUAAGGAUGGUUUCCACUGUGAGCUUGGCCUCCAGAGUUUGGUGGAAAUUGAGGGUGAGAAUCUGGCAUCUGCUCCAACAACUUCUCCUUCACCCACUCAACCGACACCAUCAUCGCCUGAAAAGGGCGUUCUGAAGCCGGCCAGGAAGCUGGGCAGGCAGGAGUCACCUUUGAGUAGAGAUGCUUUGCUUGCCGGGAGAGAAAGGGAUCGAGACAAGGAGAGGACUGGUGAACCAAGUCAAGCUAGUGAAGCUAAAACAGGGGUGGUUAAAGAGACCCUCUCUUCUGGUGGCAUUACUCUAUCUGGAAAUAAGAAAUCUGCAAGUGUUGAAGCGUAUCAGCGGCCCCCUUCCACACUGCAGGAAAGUUGCCAAGCCAAGCCUCAGACUUGGCAGCCUCCAUUGACCAAGUCUUCUCCGGUAGCAUCAGAGUCCAAACCUCUAUUCCAAGUUGCCUCUCUUCCAUCGCCCCUGACCACGUCUUCCCCGUCUGUCAAAGCAACAGAUCCAAGUUUCAUUAAGGAAACAGCAAAUGAUGACCAAGGAAGUCUAACAAAAGUUGCCCAAAGCCAGGCACUAGGAACAACUAAGCCUUCAUACUCUGUGAGUACAUUUGGUGUUAUUAACAAAGAGUUGUUGGAGAAAGAAGGGGGAAAGGAUACUGGGAAGACUUCAACUUCAGUCAAGCCAAGUAUGCCAUGCAGUGAUCUCGGGAAGACAACAAGCACAGAGAUAACCAAAGCAAAUAAUGGACCAGGUGAUGGAGAGGGUCUCAAAAAGAGCAUAUUAGAUUCCCAUACCAGAACUUUAGAUGUCAGGGCAAGAACUGCUCCAUCCAAAGGGGUUGUCCCAUCUCACCCACCCCAGGUGCAGUGCUCUGCUUUGGGAAAACUUAGGCAGGACAAGGGCUUAGCUCCGGUCAGCUGCUACCGGGGAACACUGGAUUGGGAAGACAAAUGCCUCUUGGAAGUAGUUGAGGAACACUCUCCAUCUCCCACUUCUUCUCCAACUGGAGUUCCUCCUGAUCUGCCCAAAACUCAACUUCAGUCUCCUGGUGAAAAAUCUGGUUUGGCUACACAGUUGAGAAGCACAGGGAAAUCCAUAGGGCCUGAUAAAGGCGGACCUCAGGAGGGGCCCAAGGCCAAAGAUACCACUGAAUCAUUGGGGGUCACCAAGACUUGUGCACCAGGAAGACCUGAUCCUUCUUCUGGGAGUAGACCAAGCUCCAAAGUAGUCAGCCAGAGUCCUACUAGCACCUCUCCGCAGGUGAAGACUGUCAUUACUCCUCAGAAUGGCUCUUGAUCUUCUGCUAGUUGGAAUAAUAAAUGCAUUUUUUUAGGGUUAAGCUGAAUUAAAGGUUUUUGAGCACUUAGAUGUUAAGGGACAUUCCACCCAGUGAAAAAAAGACACUAAAACAUAUUACGCUGAACAAAGACAACAACUCCAAGGUUAUUUUAAAGGCUGUUAUUUAGUGUACAUGCAGAGCUGCAUCAGAAAAAGUUAUAGAAGUAUUAUAUUAGAAUGUGUGUUGGGUAUUUGUGUAUGAGGUGAUGAUUGGGUGCAUGUUUUGUGGUGCUUGUGCUACAAAGUAAAAAAAAAUUGACAAGCGCAAAGUGCUUUAACAGAUCAAGCAAUGCUGAAUUCUAUGAACACCAAAACAAUGUUAUGUGUACUUUUCCUAAGGUGACCAACCACUUAAUUUCCUUAAACACAAAAACUGAAAAGAAUUUGUUCAAGGUUCCAGCAUAUCAAGUUUUUGGCAUUGACAGAACGCAUUGCUUCUUUUGCAGUUUUUGUUUUUUGGGCUUCUUACAUGAUUCAGGAGUUUCUAAUCAGGUUUAGCAUAACCAUUAGUGCAGGAGCAGCAAUGCCCCCCACCACCCCACAACAUGACCCCAGAACCAAGGGGGGACCUCCCCCCAUUGUCUUAGAGCAGACCAAGAAUGGACUGGAACUAAUUGAGGUUUAAGUCAAUGCCAUACCGUUCUGUGAAAGGCCGCCUCUGCAUUAGUGGCUAGUGCAUACUGCUUUAGCCAUGAGGAGGAUGUUGCCUAAACCAUAGAUUUAUUCCCCUUAUAAAAUUCCCUCUUAACUAAGUCUCUCAUCAUACUGAAUUAAGACAGUUGAAACUGUGGACAUUUUGUUAAUUGUGCAGAUUGAUGCCUUCUGAAGUAAAUAUCAGUCCCUUAACAGAAAGCUGGUGCAUUUGAAAGACUGAAAUAUUUAAAGCUUACAUUGAAAUAACUCCACCAAUAUAAUAAAUGGUAUUAUAAAUUUAGCAUCUUGUAGCUACAUUUAGCUAUUUAUUUUCAAAUCAAAUCAAACUAACUAAACUGAAAAGACAAUGGUAUUCCUCCGAGAUAAUCAUUGAUCACAGACAGUUCCUUAGUAUGCAUUGGCAAGCAGGCACCUCUAUGUUUGCAUACUUGCAUAUAGUGUGUUUCUAGCCUUACAGUGUCUCUGUAAAUUUACAGUUUACUGGCAGAUUUAAUACUCACACGUAGGUCAAUGUAAUGCACAGCGCUUGACAUGGACUGGUGCAUCUCUACUCUAUUUUGUGCUACUGAAUUCUCUUUGAAAGUGAUGGUUGACCUCACUGUGACUCUAGCGCUCAAGUCUCAUAUUCGCUACCUGAAUAAUAAUUCUCCAGCCAUGGGGGUUUGCAGUUGGUUAAAGCAAGGGGUCAAAGUUUGGCUGUUAAGUAUGGCCCAGUUAGCCCCUGAUGUUAGAUGUCAUAACUACACCAUCUGGCUGUUAAAGAGAGCAUUCACAGUCAUUCAAAAGAAGCUGUGUAUUGAAAGAAUGCAAAUGCAUUUUGUAAAUCAAUAAAAUGAGGUGAAAUGAGUGGUUAAGGGUUUGAACAUCUCUGCAAGUCUCUGGCUAUGUUUUCUGGAGCAGUGGCUAUUGAAAGUGAGAUCAUAAACUAAAAAACAUAAUGAUUUAAGUGCUAAAUGCAUAUCAAGAAUUUCGGAGUACAUGAGCAUUGUCUUUUCAUAACACAGGUCUUGAUUACAGAAAUUGUUGGAUCAGCAAAUUAACGAUGGUUGUUGGAAUCUGACUGAAAGAGGAUUCUAUGGUAAAAAUAUUCUGUAGUUGCUCAGGCAUCAGUAAAUGUCACUGUUGUCAUGGCAACGCGGAGCCGGUGCAGCCUGUCGCCUGUUGACAUUUCUUUGUGUGGUCUGAAUGUUGUUCACUAACAUGCAAUGAAAAUAUCACUAAACAUGUGUUACUAAAGUAACUCUGUUUUAACUUAAACUUAUGCAAAACAAAUGUUUGUAGGGAUGUGUGGGGAUUUUUUGCCAUAUCCAUUGAAGCAUCAAUAGCAAACAUUAGUAAAGAUGAACAGUGGUUUUACUACAGUAACCAUAGUUUACCCUAGUGAAACAUAAUAAAGAAAUAGUAUAAACCCAUAAUAACCACAUAUAUAUUUGAUUUAUCCUUUUCAUUAUUUUUUAUGCCAUGUAUAAAUAAGCAUAUUGCUAGUUUUAAAACAAAUAUAUCAAGAAGAUGGUGAUGAUGAUGGAGAUGAUGAUAAGGAGUGGCUGAAAUAGAUGGAUUUAUGCUGCCACCUGAUGGAUAACACAAACACUGUCACCAGAGUGUUACAUCACUUACAUCUUAUAUUUACAGGGAUAAUAGUAGUAUGGGUUGCAAUCAGUGACGAAACCAAGAGUGCUUUAUUUAUUUGUAUUUCACUGUAACGUACAAAGGUCUUGAAUUGCUGUAGCAUGAUGAUGCCUUUGGAUAGACAUUAAGAUAUCGAUUAAUCUUUCCAUAAAUGUAUUCUGACGUUGCUUAUCUCUCAUCAACUCUCAUCUCACAUAGCUUUUGCCGUUUCAUAUCUGGUUUCAGUAUUAGUGAUUUAAUGUAUUAUAUAGAAACUCAACAGAGUAUACCAGAGAGUUAUUUGGAUGCAUCAGUGAAAUGGAGAAGUGACGACAAAAUAUGCACAAAAUAAUGUUAAAAUUUUGGGUGAAGGUGUGAAUAUAUCUGAUGUUAUAUUUGUAACACACAAGAAAACUGAUUUUCAGUUGUUGUUGUUUUUUGUUUUUUUUUCAUAUUCGGCCCUUUCCCGUGCAUGAAUUCUCUGUUGUGGUUAAAGGCAACUAACAUUUCACUGGCCUGAAUGUUUCCACCAUGUGACUGUUACAGCGGAUGGAAUAUGAGACUAAUGUUUUAUAAUGAUCACUUACUCUGUGCUGUAAAGCCCUGUGUCUUAUUCAGCUCUGAAUGAUUGGAUUUACACUGCACAACAGAUUCACAGAGUGGACUGAAAACAAGAAUCCACACAUAUUGAAAGUAUCCGCUCCUAUAUGUCAGAUUAUAUUGUGUUUGUGUUCAUGUGGCCAUAUUUGAAAAAGUUCCUUUUUUAUUUUAUUUUUUAUUGUAAUUUCCUAUAAAAUGUGAUCUUAUGAGAAUGCACUUUAUUUCAUGUGAUUUUUUGUAUAUGUUCUUUGUUGUUUUAUCCAACUGUCCAAAAUUCUGUACAAUACUGUACAUGGAGGUAUAUAAAGAUAUAAAGGUAUUCCUACACAGGAUAAAUUAAGAGGAUCUCAGUCUUGUAUCACCUGUUAUGAGGCAUUUUGGACAUUCAUUUGUUAGUUUAUUCUAUUUAUUUGGCUCUGUACAUCAAUUUAUUUACAGCAAACAUCAAGCGAUCCAUUAACUGAGGUGAAUUGUGUGUAAUCUAUUAAUAAAGAGAUAUUGUAUAAAAUGACAAGCUUGUUUUAU